AUGUCUACCACUGUCAACGGAGUGGGUGAGGAGGAAGGAGAGGGAAAGGUCGUGAAGAAGGUGAAGAGGAAUAAGCAGAGGGUGUUGUUGCUCUCGUCGAGAGGCAUCACGCAUCGGAUGAGGCACCUCAUGAAUGAUUUGGAGGCGCUUUUGCCGCACGUUAAAAAGGACUCAAAACUCGACUCCAAAAACCAACUCUCCCUCCUCCCCGAACUCGCAGACCUCCACAACUGCAACAAUACCCUCUACUUCGAAGCCCGUCGGCACGAGGACCUCUACCUCUGGGCGGCCAAAACGCCCAACGGGCCCUCGGUGAAGAUGCACGUCCAAAACGUGCACACGAUGGACGAACUGAAAAUGACCGGAAACUGUCUGAAGGGGAGUAGAGGGCUGUUGAGCUUCUGUGGGGGCUUCGAGGAGACGGAGUGGGGGAGGUUGAUUAAGGAGAUGUUCACGCAUAUAUUCGGUGUGCCUCCUCAAGCACGCAAGGCGAAGCCGUUCAUCGACCACAUUCUCACCUUCUCGUUACUCGACAACAAAAUCUGGUUCCGCAACUUCCAGAUCAUCGAAAAGGACCCAUUACAGCCUAACGGGCCCCCACAGACCUCCCUCGUCGAGAUCGGGCCCAGGUUCGUGCUGACGCCGAUCCGGAUAUUCGAAGGCGCGUUUAGCGGCGCGACGGUUUUCUCGAACCCUGAAUUCGUAUCACCGACUGUAGUGAGAACAGCGAUGAGGAGAGAGAAGGGUGAGCGGUAUAAGGACAGGAGACAGGCGAAGGAGGAGAGGACGGACAGGAAGGUGGCGAGGGCAUUACCGGAGGAUGAGUUGGCGGUCUCGAAGGUCUUUGCUUGA